GGGGCGCCCAGCAUCCGGCGUGUCUAGUAGUACGUCUGUGUGUGUGGCUGUGGGUUACCCCGUGGCGUGGAGCCCCUGCCUCGUCCCCCAUGAGUGCAACAUGUGGUGCCAGGGCCAGCAGGGCCGCGGCCACGUCAUCAAUUAAGGGGCUUUGUUUGGUGAGAUAGCAGGAGGGCAGGUGAGGCUGAGGUGGAGAGCAGUGCACAGCUGCUGCCGAAAGGUGAUAUGGAGGCUCAGGGGAAAGAGGCAGCUUUUGAUCCAACAGAACACCAGCAUGUGAGGUUCAACCCACUGCGAGGGGACUGGGUGUUAGUGUCCCCUCACCGCAUGAAGCGGCCGUGGGCAGGUCAGGUGGAGCCCCCAGCCCAGGAUGACAUCCCAGACCAUGACCCCACAAACCCCUUGUGUCCUGGGGCCCCCAGACCCAAUGGUGUGGUCAACCCAAACUACACAUCAACCUUUGUCUUCAACAACGACUUCCCAGCGCUCUUGGAGGAGGUGCCAGCGCCCCCGGAGGCCCCUGGGGAGGAGUUGUUGCGGUGGGGGCCAGCUCGGGGCUGCUGCCGGGUGAUGUGCUUCCACCCCAAGACCUCGGCUACACUGCCCACCAUGACCCAGGAGGAGGUCAAGGAUGUUGUGGACAGGUGGGUGGCAGAGGUCAAGGAGCUUGGCCAAAAGUAUGAGUGGGUGCAGAUCUUUGAGAACAAGGGGGCCACCAUGGGCUGCUCUAACCCACACCCACACUGCCAGAUCUGGGCUUCCUCCUUCCUCCCCACUGAUCCCAUGCUGGAGGAUGUACACCAGAAGCAGUACUUCUUGAAGCAUGGCUCACGCCUUCUGCAGGACUACACCACCAAGGAGGUUCAGAAGCAGGAGCGUGUGGUGCUGGAGGAAGAGGGCUGGGUGGUUGUUGUGCCUCACUGGGCAGUGUGGCCCUACGAGACACUGGUGUUGCCACGCAGGCCAGUGUCACGCCUCACUGACCUUACAUUGGGUGAGAGGGACGGGCUGGCCCGCCUCCUGCGCCGCCUCACCGCCAAGUAUGACAACCUCUUCAAGUGUUCCUUCCCGUACUCCAUGGGAUGGCAUGGUGCCCCCACUGGCUGCCACCUGCAGGAGAAGGCAGGUGAGGGCACAGGUGUGUGUGACUACUGGGUGCUACAUGCCCACUACUACCCCCCACUCCUGCGGUCAGCCACCGUCAAGAAGUUCAUGGUUGGCUAUGAGAUGCUGGCUCAAGCUCAGAGGGACCUGACCUCUGAACAGGCUGCCCGCACCCUCAGGGACCUGCCUGAUGUCCACUACAAGCUCAGAAAGGACUAACAGCAGUAUAGUUAAAAGUCUUUCACCUAAUGUACAGUUAGUUGGUAUUUCUUUAACUCUUUGCUAUCUGUAGUCAUUGUUGAAGUGCCACAAAUUGUUGGUUUAUAUAUAUAAUUUAUUGAGAAAUAAUAUUAACUUUUAAUUGCUUUAACAGCUUUAAUGGAACUAUGUAUCAAGAAGUGACUGCAGUGUGAGUACCCAAUAAUGGUUACAAUUCAAUCUUGUUACCUUGCAGUGCUGUGUUAUAAAAUCUUACUGUAAUUACA